AUUUAUUAAGUUAUUAUAGUGAUUCUAGCCCUGGUUAAUACAAUCACGUUAUUUCUGUUCUAUGUAUUAUUUUUACUAAUUUUAUUCCCAGUUUAAUAGCGACAUUUCUAAUUUGUACAUUGAGAAAGAUUACCGAGCGAGAGUAAUUUGUAAUGAUGACGGCCACAGAGGAAGAAAGAGUUCCUGAAAACGGCUUUGAUUGUAGCACUCGAGAGGAAAAUCAUUCAAAAAUUUUAAAUAAGAAAACUAGGAAACGUGGCAUUGUGUUUUUGUCUACAAUUCCACCAUACAUGAACGUGGCUAAAAUCCGUGAAAUAUUCAGUGAAUUUGGAGAUGUGGGAAGGAUUUUUCUCCAACCGAGUGGCAAAAUUGGUGAAAGAAGAAAACGGGUCCCCAAUCAAUUUACUGAAGGAUGGGUGGAAUUUGAAAAGAAAAAAAUUGCAAAGCAGGUUGCAGCUAAGUUGAAUAAUACUAAAAUCGGUACGCGAAAGAAGUCACGUUACUAUGAUAUGAUAUGGAAUAUCAAAUACAUACCUAGAUUUAAAUGGGUACAUUUAAGUGAAAGGUUAGCUUAUGAAAGAGCAGCAUAUAAACAGAGACUUCGAGCUGAGAUAUCCCAGGCAAAGAAGGAAGCUCACUACUUGCAGAGUAAUGUAGAAAAAAGUAAAAAGAUGAAAAAGAAAAAGCUUGUUGAACCUUCUGAUGAAUAGUAAUAAAGUAAUAUAUGACUUAAUUUUAAUUUUAUAUUACACAGUUUUCCCUUGAUCUAAAAGAAAAAUAUAGAUUUAGCAAAUAUUUGUCAUUAAUUGUUUAUUACUAAAUACUAAACCCUUUUGAUUUGUAAAGUUUUAAUGCUUUAAAUGUAAAAUAAAUUCUAUUAUUUUACAUUUAAAGGGCUCAUGACUUCUGGACACAGGGUAUCAUAGUGUGAAGUCUUGGAAGCAAAUGUAUAAUUGUUGCCUUUUUGAUUUCAAUAAAUAUUAUUAUAUUACAUUA